AUGAGCUCGUACGGAUGGCCUGAACUCCACGAGUGGGUGCCGACCAAGGUGCCGGCCAAGGAGCCCACCAAGGAGCCCACCCAGACCACUCUCAAGAAAGACAAGGACAACAAGGCCAAGCACCACUUCGAGGGACGCGAAGGGGACGCCAAGCACAUCCAAGGCGACGGGCAGUGGGCGAGUCUGGGCGAGUUGCUUAUGUAG